CCGUAUUUUUGAAACCAUUCGAAUUUGAUUCGCAUACGAAAUUAGACGAUUUCGCACGAAAAAUCGAUAUUCGUAUUUUCGACCGCAUAGUAUGCGAAUUUUUUCGCAUGCGGUGUCUCGAAUGGGUAUAUACCAUUCGAAUUUCAAAGUUCGUGUGCGAUUUUCAAUUUGAUUCUGCCACUUGUUUUGUUUUGAUUUUAAACCUUAGCUUUGUAUUUUUUUUAAAUUUGUGUGUUCGUUGAGUAUUUUCGUAGUGUUUUUUUGUUGUUUAUUGAAAAAAAAAAACUAUAAUCAAAUGGCAAGAUUAAACUAUCUUGUGCAAAGAAACGUCGUCGAUGCACUGGAAGAGGCUGAAACUCUGGCAGAUAGAAGGAAUAGGAUGUAUUAUUCAUUUCUUGACCCAUUUGAAAUGUAUUCAGAUGCUCAAUUUAUUAAAUUAUAUAGAUUAAGCAAGCCUCUUACGAUGGAAUUAAUAGACUUACUAGAGCCUCACCUCACAGCUCCAUCUAGGAAAUCAGCAUUGUGCAUUCCAAGGAAAAUUUUAACAACAUUACGAUUCUUAGCAAGUGGCAGUUACCAGUUGGAUGUAGGUAGAAAUAUGAAUCAUGCUGUUUCACAAAGUAGCGUGUCAAAUGUGAUUCAUGAGGUAAUAGAUGCUCUUAAUAUGCCUGAUAUAUUUAACAAGUAUAUUCAUUUACCUCGAAAUAGAGAUGAACUGUCAGAUUUAAGGAACAAGUUUUAUAUGACACAUAACUUCCCUGGAAUAAUUGGCAGCAUUGACUGCACUCAUAUAGCAAUAGUUGCACCGAAGAGGAACCAGUACCCAGAGGAAGCAUAUGUGAACCGCAAGGGCUACCAUUCAUUAAAUGUGCAGUUGAUCUGUGAUCCAGAUUUAGAAAUUCUAAAUGUCUGUGCCCGAUAUCCUGGCAGCAGUCAUGACAGCUAUAUCUUUAACAAUAGUGCAGCCUACCAAUAUAUCAGACAACUGUAUAAUAAUGGCUAUACUUCUUUUUCUUUCUUAGGUGAUUCAGGGUAUGCACUAAGGCCAUGGAUGCUCACCCCAAUCCAAAAUGUAUUGCCAGGAUCUCCUGAAGAGAAUUAUAAUAUUCGACAAAAACAAGCAAGGUCCAUUAUAGAAAGAUGUAAUGGGGUGUUAAAGCUUAGAUUUCGUUGUCUUUUAAAGCACAGGGUUCUUCAUUAUGAUCCAACCACAGCCUCAAAAAAAAUUAAUGCUUGCACAGUACUGCACAAUAUGUGCAUUAUACAUAAUAUACCUCCCGUAGAAUUUGGUGAUGAAGAGGAAGAUAAUUAUAUUGAUAUUGACUAUGGAAUCUAUAUAAAUGAUAAUGAUAUCAUACAAGUAAUAAGAGAGUAA